CUACAUCGUUUAUUUGUUUUGUUAAUUAUCAAGUGUAGUUCGUUUUUGUCUUGUCUAAUAAAUAGUAUGUCAAAUUACUACGCUGCAAAUUGGUCCUCCGAUCCUUCUCGCCUCUCCUCGUCCGAGGAGGAGGAAUAUGACGACUAUCGUUACACCUGUGGCUUCAGGCUAUUCGAUGUGGAAAAUGUGGAGAUGCGGUGUCCAAGUAGGCUGCACGUAACUGUGUGUGGAAAAUAUCUUAUCACAGCAUAUCCAAGAUUUGAGGUGUGCAGGGAAUGAGAACAUCAUCACCCUAUGUGCAGGUGAUAAGAAACUCUUGACCUGGUUUUGGGGACUGAAAAUCAGGAGAAAGUAUCUGACUAUGUUGAUGGACUUGGAUGUGGAACAGCUCCGUAUUCCAGAGCAAGAGUACAGUGAGUUCUCCYGGAUUUGUAGAGACCUGCCCCAGAUCGGGKAUGCUGUCAUGAUCACUUGUGCAAAAGGCGGGGUCCAGUUCUCAGCCAGUGGGGAGUUGGGCACUGGCAUCAUCAAGCUGUCCCAGAACAACAGCGUGGGCAGUGAGGAUGAAGAGUCUCUCCCUCCAGAGGUGGAGUAUAGGAUUGCAGACAUGGGCCACAUCAAGUAUUAACUGGCACCUGAGAUUGUCGAGGAUGCAUCCGAAUCCUCAACCUGACUAAGCAAGUCUGAGAACACUUGGACUGAACCCUGAAGAAGACUGACGUCCUAGUGAAAGGUUACCGGUAAAGAAGUAUGGCUGUUCUGCAGGUCCCAAUAUGUUCCAGAUGCCAGUUAAAUCCUAUAGGAAUGCUGUAUACUGUAUUAUGGUUAAGGCAAUAUAACUUAUGAUAUGUUUUGGUGAUACUAAUGUGUUUCUAUGCGAAAAACAUUUAAGUUGUUUGAUGGAUACAGUAUGUUYGCCACGUCUUGUUUAUCCUUAUCAAACGGCUAAUUUAUGGGCUUAUCAAUUUUGCAAGUACAUAGUUUUAGACUAUGUUGUUUUGACAUACUCACAUACAGUACCUGUACACAUCACAAGGCAGUUUGUAUUUAGAGCAAGCUUUUUGCAUGUUCUGUUGAGAUAGACAAUAAAAUUAACAUAGUAUGUCCCAAAUAAUGCAUGAUGUGAACUACUGACAUGUCUGGGACAGAGGAGGCUGGUGGGAAGACUUUUAGGAGGAUGUUCUCGUUGUAAUUUCUGGAAUGGAAUCAAUGGA